GAUACCGGACAAGGUGGUAUUAGGCACCGACUCAACUGCUGUUUUAAAAAGUAUACAUUCUACAAGAGAACAUUUUAUGAGAUCAGAAGGAGAGAGAACAAGAGACAUCUGGAGCCAGCCUAUAAUUUGUUAUGACAAUGUACUGAUUUGAGAAAUUUCUUAAGUUACGUGUUGUGAUGUUGUAACACUUGUAAUGUAGGUGGCGGUAUUCACCUUAAUUUUUUGCAAUCCGACAGUAAAUUGAGAAGAAGAAGAAAAAGAAAAAGAAGAAGAAGAAGAAGAAGAAGAAGCGCGUGUACGUGCAGGAUGGUAUUCGUAAUGCAUUCUGGUUCUUGUAGUCCUUCAAUAACCUUCCUCCAUCGUUACUGCUGGGAACCUACUCUUCGACUGUAAUGUCUUCAGGCAGCACAGUGUUGCAGGCAUCUGAAAAGGAAAGUGGAGGGAACAAGAGGACGUCGUGUCCGUAUCCCGGCUGUAAGAGAGUGUACACAGACACUGGCCCCCUUGACCGUCACAUCCAGGACCAUGAAAUCCCUGCUCAGUCUCUCCCUGGAAAGAUCUUGCUGUGCUCCACUGUCGGCUGCAGUGGUUCCUUCCCUAACAUGCAGAAACUGAUGGAACACAUGAGACAUCAUCACAAACCAAACAUCUUCUACUUGUGUGAGAGCUGUCGCACAAAGUUGCGAUCCUACCGUGGCCUGCUGACUCACCUGCAUACCUGCUCCAAAGUACAAAGGGGGAAAACAAAGCCAGCUGAACAGACAGCCCCUCAGCCUGCUACCGUGAUCAACCCAAACAUGGUCUCCAUUUCCAUGGACCAGAAACCCCAGUGGAAGGAUUCAAUGUCUACACCCCUGCAACCUUCUUCUCAAAUCCCAAACCAACAGGGUUCCUUCCACAUUGCUGUUCCUCAGCCAGACUCUGCUGUUCACCCUCUCCUUAGUCCCCCUUUCUCAUCUCACCGAGAUCCCCGCCCUCCUCAACUACAUACAGAGGCAGUUCCCCAGUCAUUGCUAAAAGAUGGAGCCUUUAAUCUACCUCUAACACUUAACAUGGAUGGCCCAUCAGCAGCCCCUGACCUCUCUGAGGCCCCGGGUCAGAACCAGACACAGAGCAGGUCUCCCGAGCCCAUCCACCAUGCUCCUGUAUCAACCCCGUACUCUCCUCCUGGGUCCUCAGCAAUCUGGAAGAAGAAUCAAGGGUGUGCAGUAGACGCGUCCUUUGGGAGCACACUAAAGGAUGCUACACGUGUGUGCAGUGUGGUCACACAACAUUCAACCGAAAGGACAUGACUCAACAUAUCAACGAUCAACACAGCGGAAACCACCAUGCAGAAGAUUCUGGAAGCUCAGCCAACAACACAUAAUGAAUAAAUAGGAGACUCUACUCAUUUGUCUGCAUGAAACUUAUGAUGGAAGGGACAGGUUUAACCAAACAAUGAUCAUAGUUUAUAUUUAACCCAUCAUUCUGAGGGGAGAGCCUCCAGCAGUUAGGUGCUCACUGAUUGUUGGUUUUCAUUAUAAACAUUUAAUUUUUAAUUGUUCUAUUGCUGCCAGCCCCAAAGAGACUUUAAUUUCACAAACCUGGAUAUACUACCAUUAAAAUUAAAUACCACAAACAAACAUAACAUUAAAAAUAUAGUGUUAUAUUUCAAUAAAUCUUGAUAUUUUAUAUGCCCAUGUUUACUUUUAUUUCCAAUCGACAAACAUAGUUCAGGUUCCACCCCAGUGCCGUGUGUUUCGAGGUCCCUCAAUAAUAUGGUCAAUUCACCAAUUCACAAACAUUCAUACAGUGCAUCUUUGGGUAGCACUUUUUUUCUCUGAGGCUAUAAAAAGUCUUGGAACAAAAAUAAAUAAAAGGUAUAUUUGGGAGUUGCUACUUUUACUAGCAGGUAUGUGUAGUCAUUGCAUCAUGUAGUGAAUAUAAAUCAUAAAUUCAAUUUAAAUAUGCUUUUUAAAUGUAUUUAAAACUAUAUUACCCGUUUACUCCGCUCUGCAUCUGCCAAUCGGCUUGUAGAUCCCUCAUCAGGUCAGCAGAAACUCUACAGCGCAGACUAAAAACAUCUCUUCAGACUAUACCUUGAAUAAAAACAAAAUAAUUCCCAUAAAAUUUCAGAUUUAGUAGCACUUAUAUGGCAUUUACCUUUUUUUUGAAGGAAAUUGCACUUCCUUGAUUCUUCUGGGUUUGUACCCUCAUAGUUGAAUGCACUUAUUGUUAAUCGCGUUUGAUAUAAGCAGCUACAUUUUAUUUAAAAGGGUAACAGCUUCCACAAUGUUAAUUGAUACCACUCAACUAAAACAAUAUCACGACAUGACAGUGUCAUUUUAUUUUAAUGUAAAACUACAGGCAAAAAGCUAAUUCGUAAAGUGCUUCUUUCUCAUGCUACUAAAGUACACACACACACACUUCAUUUAUACUUUGACUUUAUUUUUACUUCCAGCUCAGCCACUGCUUUGAUUCUAGUUCAUAAAUGCAUAAUAACGUAACCACAUGGAAAGGUUUUAAUUCCUGAGGCAAUAGGGACAAAUAGGAAUGACCCCAAACAUACCAAUAAGUUGUUUUUCCACUGAUACUGGACCACACUGGUGCUGAACUAAACAGGAAACAGCUGCAGGAGGCAGAAGAAAAGCGGGCCAGAAUAAAUAAUCCGAUCAGUGGUUCCAAACAUGCAGUUAUCAGUUUCAAAACCAGUUUGUGAUCUGGGCAGCAUAAGCUCUGGUUUAUUAGGCUAAAAUAAUAAGGAAGACAUGUCAAGAAUGAAGGGCUGUGUGUACGGCAAUAGUGUACUGUGAACCGCUUUGAGAUGUCAAGACUAGAAAAUCUAAAAUAUGUAUAUAUAAAUACAGAGCAUUGAGUCUGUAGUAUACUGAUCAUUAGGAGGAUGAGGCUGAUGUAACAAUGUGUCUCAACAUAUCCAGCAAAAUCCUCAAACACUGUGUCAGUGAGAUUGUGACGUGUGAAUAAAAGUGACACUCAUGGUUGGCUCUGUUGACCGUAAGAAACAGAACCUCCCGAGCCCCUUCAGCUCAUUGAACGUCUGUACCCAAGCAGCUCUUCACAUAGUACCCUGGUUUUGAUAGUCUUCCAAAAACUACAUCAAACACCUUUACAAGAGAAGCAAAUCCAAAAGCAUUUUUUUUUUUAUUUGGGUCAGUCAGGAUGAGUUUAUACCAGCACUUAAGUGUUCAGUGUCAGAUUUUGGUCAGUAUAGGCUCUUCUCCAUGCCUCUGUACAAGAACAUAUGCUCCUGGAAAACCUCCACGUCAGAGUUUUUACACCUCCUUUUCAUAAGCAUUACAAGCCCAUCCAGCAAUAAGCUUUAGAAUAACUAACACAAGAAGGCAAUACCACAUGACAAGAGGUCCCACUUGAUCAUUAGUGUGAAUUUUUUAGACAUUACCACAUGCAGACUGAAGUGCUUUUUUUCAACAAAACAAUCCCAUCACACGGAGGAAGGGGAGUUAAUGAUAUAUCACGAUAGAUAUUAAAAACAUGGGGGAUAACACAUUGGUCUGUCAUAACAGUAUGCAUGGGUUGUCAUCCUCCCAUUUUUUUUAAUUACAUGUGGGUUUCAAAAGAAGAGAUCCUGAUCCAUCUCACUGUAUAAUGAGCCUGCAGUUUCAAUCUGUUAAUACAUUUCUUUUAAUAAAACAACCUGAUAGAGGUAAACUGGAAACUUUUUUUUAGGGAAAACAAACUCAGAGUAAACAAGUGCAUACAAAGAAUGACGUGCCGACUGUCCAGCACGAGUUCAGGCAUUAUUGAUUUUUUUCUGUUUCAUUAUCACAGCUAUGUUCAGCUUGGCUCUCUUGAGGCUUCAAAAAAAUCUCUUCUGUUCAAUUGCAUACAUCUUUCCUGCAGGACGUUUCCGAAAAAAUAAACUGUUUCCUCUG